AUGGGGGCGUACAGUGUGUAUGAGUUGGCACGACCGACGCUAACGGUGGCCGAACCGGCGCUCGUCAAACAGAUUCUGGUCAAAGAGUUUCACAAAUUCCGUAACCGUAUGCCUGAGACCGACCCGAACGGCCGAUUCCCGCGCAAUAUGUUCAACGCCCGCGACGGCCACUGGAAACGGUUGCGACUUAUC